AGAUAAAGGAGGGAAGAAAAAAAUUGCAAACCAGGAGGAGUUUGAUUGUAUUUUUAAAGGGGAGGGGGGAUAGACACCUUUAGAAAGGAAGAAAGAAAGAAAUAAAAGACAAGUUAAAAGAGGACCAAAUACCCAAGAAGGGUGAAGGAAGAAGAGAAGAAAGUCGAGGCGAGGAGGAGUCCAAAGCUGGCAGGUCGGAAGGAUUUGCAGGGGAGAAGGGGGGGGAAUAUUGGAAAUGCAGCUCUGGAGUUUGGUGCUGACUUUGGGGCUUCUCUGUGGAGCUCUGGCCAGCGGAGCCGAGUGUGGGAUGGACGAACGCUCACGCAGGGCUAGAAGGGACACGCGGCCGAGCCGCCACCUCCACUCGGCCGCUCUCGGCACCUGUGCCACCAGGUUAGCCCGAGGCCGGCACUCACCCUCCGGCUGGGAACCUCUUCGUGCCCCCCGCAGGCGGCAGCAACGGGAGGUGAAGGGCGAAGAGGACUCUCUCAUCCCCAGCCGGGCGCUCUAUUUCAGCGGACAAGGAGAUCAGCUGAGGUUGAAAGCGGAUAUCGAGCUGCCCCGGGAUGCGUUCACGCUGCAAGUGUGGCUUCGAGCCGAGGGAGGACAGAGGUCCCCGGCUGUCAUUGCAGGACUGUAUGACAAAUGUUCUUACACCUCUCGUGACCGAGGAUGGGCCGUGGGAAUUCACACCAUCAGUGACCAGGGCAACAGAGAUCCCCGUUAUUUCUUCUCCAUGAAGACAGAUCGAGCUCGAAAGGUGACUACCAUCAAUGCUCAUCGAAGCUAUCUCCCUAAUCAAUGGGUGCAUCUUGCUGCCACAUAUGAUGGACGAUUGAUGAAGCUCUAUGUGAAUGGUGCCCAGGUUGCAAUGGGGAGUGAGCAAGUGGGUGGCAUUUUUAGCCCUUUGACCCAGAAGUGUAAAGUGCUCAUGCUGGGUGGGAAUGCCCUAAAUCAUAAUUAUCGGGGUUACAUUGAGCAUUUCAGUCUUUGGAAGACAGCUCGAUCUCAGAAGGAGAUCUUAUUGGAUAUGGGGCGGGCAAAUCAUGGCCUAGGCACUGGACUACCUCAGCUUGUUAUUCAAGAGAACUUAGAGAACAUGAAGAGCAUGUGGUCUUCUAUGAAAGAUGGAAGCAGCCCCCAAGUUGAAUUCAGCUACCACCAUGAUUUACUGCUUGAUACUAGUCUGGAGCCACCGUUGUGUGGGCAGACACUCUGUGACAAUGUAGAAGUGAUUGCCAGCUACAACCAGCUCCCAAGUUUCCGCCGCCCCAAAUUGGUGCGUUACCGGGUGGUGAACAUUUAUGAUGACAACCAUGAGAAUCCAACAGUCAGCCAACAGCAGAUUGAAUUCCAGCACCAGCAACUGACAGAGGCCUUUGACCGUUAUAACAUCACAUGGCAGCUGGAAGUGCUGGAAGUUAGGAAUUCAUCCCUGCGCCAUCGUCUCAUCUUAGCCAACUGUGAUAUCAGCAAGAUUGGAGAUGAGAACUGUGACCCAGAGUGCAACCACACUCUGACAGGCUUUGACGGUGGGGACUGCCGGCACCUCCGACAUUCAGCAUUCAGCAAGAAGAAGCAGAAUGGAGUAUGUGACAUGGAUUGCAACUAUGAGAGAUACAACUUUGAUGGGGGGGAGUGCUGUGACCCCGAAAUUACAGAUGUCACCAAGACAUGCUUUGAUCCAGACUCUCCAUACAGAGCUUACUUGGAUGUCAAUGAAUUGAAGAACAUUCUUAAAUUGGAUGGAUCCACACACCUUAAUAUCUUCUUUGCAAACUCCUCAGAGGAAGAGCUGGCUGGAGUUGCAACUUGGCCUUGGGACAAGGAGGCCUUGAUGCAUUUAGGUGGUAUCGUCCUGAACCCAUCAUUCUAUGGCAUUCCUGGGCACACACACACAAUGACCCAUGAGAUUGGGCAUAGUCUAGGUCUUUACCAUAUCUUUCGAGGUAUAUCAGAAAUCCAGUCCUGCAGUGACCCAUGUAUGGAGAUUGAGCCUUCCUAUGAAACUGGUGAUCUCUGCAGUGAUACCAACCCAGCUCCCAAGCACAAGUUGUGUGGGGACCCAGCACCAGGAAAUGAUACAUGUGGCUUCCGGACCUUCCUCAACACACCGUACAACAACUUCAUGAGCUAUGCAGAAGAUGACUGCACAGACUCCUUCACGCCCAAUCAAGUGGCGAGAAUGCACUGCUACUUGGAUCUUGUCUACCAGAGCUGGCAACCUGCCAAAAAGCCUGCUCCCAUAGCCCUGACUCCCCAGAUUGUAGAUCGGACACCCACCUCAAUUACCCUGGAGUGGUUUCCACCCAUUGAUGGCCACUUCUUUGAAAGAGAAGUGGGAUCAGCAUGUGACCUCUGUCUGGAAGGAAGAGUACUGGUUCAGUACGCCUUCAAUGCCUCCUCACCUAUGCCAUGUGAUCCAUCCGGGCAUUGGAGUCCCCGAGAAGCAGAAGGCCACCCAGAUGUAGAGCAGCCUUGCAAGUCAAGUGUCCGAACAUGGAGCCCCAAUUCUGCUGUUAAUCAACACACAGUCCCCCCAGCAUGCCCAGAGCCCCAGGGAUGCUACCUAGAACUGGAAUUCCAAUACCCAUUGAUUCCUGAGUCACUCACUGUAUGGGUGACACUUGUGUCCACAGACUGGGACUCUAGUGGUGCUGUGAAUGAUAUCAAGCUGCUGACUCUGAGUGGAAAGAAUAUUUCAUUGGGACCACAGAAUAUCUUCUGUGAUAUCCCACUGACUAUCAAGAUCCGGGAUGUAGGUGAAGAGGUAUAUGGCAUUCAGAUCUACACCCUGGAUGAACACUUAGAAAUUGAUGCAGCCAUGCUGACCUCUAUACCCGACAGCCCCCUGUGUAUGGACUGCAAACCCCUCAAGUACAAAGUGCUCCGGGAUCCUCCAUUCCAGUCUGAUAUCCCCAUUGUCAUCGCUAACCUCAACAGGAGAUACAUAGAUACGGAGCUGAGCCAUGGCACUGCAUAUAAGUACCAGAUUGUUACCAUUUCUGGUACAGAGGAGAGUGAACCUUCACCUGCAGCCAUAUAUAUACAUGGAAGUGGUUACUGUGGAGAUGGAAUCAUACAGAAACAUCUGGGGGAAGAGUGUGAUGAUAUGAAUAAGAUCAAUGGUGAUGGCUGCUCCCUCUUCUGUCGGAAGGAACUGUACUUCAAUUGCAUUGAUGAGCCCAGCCGAUGUUAUUUUCAUGAUGGAGAUGGGGUAUGUGAAGAGUUUGAACAAAAGACCAGCAUUAAAGACUGUGGAGUUUAUACACCAAAAGGUUUCCUGGAUCAGUGGGCAUCUAAUGCUUCUGUCUCUCAUCAGGACCAGAAGUGUCCAGGUUGGGUCAUCAUUGGCCAGCCAGCUGCAUCCCAGAUGUGUCGAACUAAAGUGGUGGACUUAAGUGAAGAGGUAUCUCAACAUGCAUGGUAUCCUUGCACAAUCAACUACCAAUAUUCAUAUAUGGUUCAGACUACUUUCUGGCUCAGGGCUUACUUCUCCCAGCCAAUGGUAGCCACAGCAGUUAUUGUCCAUCUGGUGACUGAUGGAACAAAUUAUUUAGACCAGAAACAGGAGACCAUCAGUGUUCAGCUAUUUGACACAAAAGAACAAAUUCAUGAUCUGGGUGUCCAUGUUCUAAGCUGCAGGAGCAAUCCCCUGAUUAUCCCGGUGAUCCAUGACCUCAGCCACCCCUUCUACCACAGCCAAGCUGUCCUUGUGAGUUUCAGCUCACCACUGGUUGCUAUCUCUGGGGUGGCCCUGCGUUCCUUCUACAACUUUGACCCCAUCACCAUCAGCAGCUGUCAGAGAGGGGAGACCUACAGCCCGGCUGAGCAGAGCUGUGUACACUUCUCAUGUGAAGCCACUGACUGCCAGGAGUUGAACAUUGAGAAUGCAUCUCUGAACUGCUCUAGCACUGAACGGUACAACGGAGCCCAGUGCACCAUCAGCUGCAAGAUGGGUUAUGUUUUGCAAAUUCACCGAGAUGAUGACCUCAUCAAAAGUCAGUCAGGGUCUAGUGUCACUGUUACCUGCACUGAGGGCAAGUGGAACAAGCAGGUGUCAUGUGAACCUGUGGACUGCGGCAUCCCUGACCAGUAUCACGUCUACCCAGCUAUGUUCUCCUGCCUUGAGGGUACCACAUUUGGCAAGAAAUGCUCCUUCCAAUGUCGCCUCCCAGCUCAGCUGAAAGGAAACAAUAGCUUUUUGACAUGUAUGGAAGAUGGGUUGUGGUCCUUCCCAGAGGCACUUUGUGAACUGAUGUGUUUGGCCCCUCCCAUUGUACCCAAUGCUGAUCUCCAGACUGCUCGAUGCCGGGAGGACAAGCACAAAGUGGGCUCCUUUUGCAAGUACAAGUGCAAACCAGGUUACCACGUGCCCGGCUCCUCUCGAAAGUCAAAGAAACGGGCUUUUAAAAUCCAGUGUACCCAAGAUGGCAGCUGGCUGGAGGGAGCCUGUGUACCUGUAACAUGUGACCCACCCCCACCUAAGUUUCAUGGGCUGUACCAGUGUACCAAUGGUUUCCAGUUCAACAGUGAGUGCAGGAUCAAGUGUGAGGAGAGUGACAUUUCUUUGGGUCGUGGGAGCAAUGUGAUUCAUUGCCGAAAAGAUGGUACUUGGAGUGGGUCAUUCCAUGUCUGCAAAGAAAUGCAUGGCCAGUGUUCCCUACCUGAUCAACUCAACAGCAAUCUCAAGUUGCAGUGCUCUGGUGGCUAUGAAAUAGGAGCAGAGUGUGCCACCUCAUGCCUGGACCAUAACAGUGAAUCCAUCAUUCUGCCCAUAAACAUGACCCUGCGAGACAUCCCCCACUGGAUGAACCCUACACGAGUGGAGAGAGUCGUCUGCACUGCUGGGCUCAAGUGGUAUCCUCAUCCAUCUCUGAUUCACUGUGUCAAAGGCUGUGAGCCUUUCAUGGGAGAUAACUACUGUGAUGCCAUCAACAACCGAGCCUUCUGCAACUAUGAUGGGGGCGAUUGUUGUGCCUCUACAGUUAAGACAAAAAAAGUGACCCCUUUUCCUAUGUCCUGUGACCUACAAGGAGACUGCGCUUGCCGAGACCCAAAGGCCCAAGAGCACAGUCGAAAGGACCUCCGGGCCUAUAGUCAUGGCUAACAACGGAUGAAGAGGAGCCAAAGACCAUCCAGCCCGAAGGCAGGCUGCACAAGACACCACAUCCCUUUUGGUAUUGUUUUUAUUGUUAGCUGCUCAACUGAAUGGCCUCUCUGCACCCAGGGACCCUUAGAAUUCAACCAGUCUGCCUUUAAUUUUGCCCAAGAAGGACUCAAAGCUGGGGUUAUGUACCAAAUCGCAUAAUAAUGACCAAACAGAACAGAGUUAAGUCCGGAAGACUUGGAAGUAUUGCAAUGGUGUGUGGUGUGCAGUGAUGGGCCCACAUAAUUGGAACAGCAUGUCUUGAGAUGGAGAUUACAAAUGAGCUCUUUAUCUAUGAUAUGUAUAUGUGGUCUAUACACAUGCAUAUACAUACAUACAAAUAUAUACAUACAUGUGUGUAUGUAUAUAUGUAUCUGUGUGUGUAUAUAUAUAUAUACAUAUAUAUGUAUGUGUAUAUAUAAUAUCCAUGUGUCUGUCUCUAGAGAUUAAGGAGAGAGAGAGAAGGAAAGAUAAGACACAGUCCUCUCUGGUGCUCACUGCUGAUUCUCUAUGGGAGAGUGGCAGCUUUGAAACUCCUGGAGUUAUUGAGGCCACAUUAGACCAAUGCUGAGUGCCAAGGUAUAUUGUGCUCCAAGUAUUGGGUAUGGGGGCAUGGGUUUCAUCCCGGGACAGAGGCCCUCUGAAAGCCACAUGAUAGUUGGAAGGUGGAGGGGUGAACUUCUUAGUCUCAGUGGGCAAUGGGUGCAAGAGAAGAGGAAUGGGGUACUGUCCAUUCUUUCUACUGCUGGGUACUAGUCUUCCACUUCAGAAAGAGUAGUGGGCAGUCCUGGGAUGAAGCUCCAGAUGAAAGGUGGGAAGAGCUUUCAGCCUGGCCUGGCAGACAUACUAAGCUGGCUUGGCUCCUCAGAGACUUUGGGGGUGCUUAUUCCUCAAGAGAACAAAGAUGAACCAGUGAAUCUUGCCCACCCCUAGAACUUGCCAUUUAAGCACAUCUUGCUGCUAUGCCUGCUGCUACAUCCCAUCCGUUUCAUUUCUUUAUUGUGUCAGGACAGGGUUGACAACCCCCAAACAACCAAAUGGUCUGCCUUAAAGCUUACCCACAGCCUGCCUUCCACUGCUCCUCACUAUCUCCCCCUUAACCCCAUGGCAAAAGACACUCAAUAGCUUGUGUGGUGAGAGCUCAUGUCCCACCUCACCUUCUGAAUAGACCUUUUGGACCUAAGAGAGCAGGAGUUUUCAAGCAAAAAGACUCCAAAAACUAUUUUAAGGGUCUUCAAACCAGAGUAAGGAAUGCUGAAGACAGUGUUAGCAUUUGGGAACUGAGUGUAUCAGUGUUAAAUUUUCAGAAACCAGAGAAAGAUUCAAUUUCUGGCUAGACAUUGGUCUCCAGGAUUCAUUUCUGCCCUGAAUAAAUACUUGCUAGUGGACCAGUUUCUAGGGAACAAACACAGUCCAGAGGAGGCUAACGCUCUGUGUUCCAUAAUAAUCUCACCUCAGUCAGGCUCAGUAAGACUCAAAGAGAGGAUGAAUCAGGAGGAGUGUCCCUCCAGCCCCCCCCCACAGUCCAGUUUUAUCACUCUAUAUUCCAUAGUAUGUUGCCCUGAAAUGAGUAGAAAGCACCAUUUGUUAUCUCUUUCUUAUGGACUGAAUCUCUAGGUUUAGAGGGUGCAAUUAGUUGGCAUAAGUACAUUAGAAGCACUUAGUCGAUCUCUCAUCAUUUAUUUCCCCACCCACAACCCCCAAAUAUAAAUGGUUCAUGGCCACUAGCACCAAAUAACGUCUCUUCAGAUGGGGUAGGUUAGUGUUAUGGAAUUAAGGUGGCUAAUGACCAGUUUGUAUCACAAGGUUUGAAGACAAAUCUCAAGAGAAAUCUUAGCCUAAAGUGCAGAAAAAGGAGAAAUUAUAUGAGAUCCAGUCCUUGUAUAGCCUACAUCAAAGUUUCUUAACUAAAAAUGUCAGGGCUAAGAUUCAGAACCUGGUCACUCUGUCAGCCCCAAAUAUAAUGGCAGGCGUCUUCAGCAUAGUCUAUGUUAUAGGCACAUUCAAACAUUAAAAUAAAAUGGACACAUCAAGCCUCCUGGUAUCUGUACUCCAAGACCUAGGAUUUGUGGGAUGUAGGAUGUAUGUGCUGCUGCUCAUUCCACAUACUGCCCUCUUCCCUUUUAGCAUCCAUCUCCAACCUGAGACUCCUUCCCUAUCUUUACAUCUUGGUUUCAACAAGCUAAAUUCUAACUAGAAUUUAGCUGAUAUGGAAGGUGAUGACGCUCAUCAAGAGGCCACAAUCCUUGGAGUGAAUUUCUAAUUCUAUUUAAAAUAGUGGGACAGGCAGGGAGCAGGGGAACGAGGCAGUAUUUUGGAGGAAAUCCUGCCAAUCAUGCCAAAUUUCUCCCUUCUUUUCAUCAGAUGAGUGAUUCUUCCAAAAGGUCAAGGAACCUUUCAGCAAAAUAGCUUUACACUUGCUGAGACUUACUCUUCUGUCCUUCAAAUAAGUCAUUUUGUAAGGAAAUUUGCUUAGGAAAGAGCUUUUUUUUUCUUGCCAAAAAUGGAGAGUGGGGGGAAAGAAGAGAGUUUUUUUUUUGGUUUUUUUUUUUGAUGUACAGCCUUGUCCAUCCUCAAUUUCUGCCUAGGGCCUUUUGCACAGUAGAGUUGGGGAGAUAUUCACCUGAUGAUGGGAUAUAAAGGCAGUAUCAAACAGAUUUCUCCCUGUAUGUGAGAAGGGAAUAAUACUCUGUUGUCUAUACCACUGAAUUUCAAGUUGACUGAGAAGCUCUUCAGCCUGCUCUGGAUACUCAGUCCUAACUCUUGUGUGAUUCUGUUAAAGUCAUUUCCUAUAUAUAUAUUCUAAGAUUUCUGAAGAGACCUCGGAAGCUUUGCUGACCAUGACCAACUCUGAGAUUCUGAAAAAUUUGGUUUCAAUCAGUGAUGAAGUAUUUGCUCUCUUGUUACAGGGAUGACUAGCAUUCUAAUGCAUUAUGCUUUUUCUACCCUGGAAAGAAUUAAGAACACCCAAUGCCACACUUCAAUUUUACAACACAGAGCCUUCCCCCCCCCCCAUUUUUGUGCCAACAGCCUUUUGGGGGGAGGAGAAAGGAGACAAUCCUUUCUGAUUAGAGGAAUUCAUUUUGGUAAAAGGGUGAAGACAGAUUCAUAAAUGGUAAGGCUUGGUGUAAAGUGAACCUACUGUCUGUAAUUCUCAUCCUUAGGGCUUUGAGAGGAUGUCUGAAUAUUCUCCCCAUUUUUCUAGUCUUAUUUCCUUGAUCCAAGGCUGAGAAGGCUGUGGAAGAUGAUACUUUGAGACAGAUUUCAGCUACCUCCCUUCCAGUUCCAGGAAAAAAACAAAACAAAAAACAAACAAACAAAAAAAAAAAUACUUGGUUGUAACUGUCGGUUUGUUAUAGGUUUUACCUGUGUUUUUUUUUUUAAAGAAUAAUAAUAAUAAUGAUAAUAAUAAUAAUAAUAAAGCAAGCCAGUUUCUUGCUGCAAUUGAUUCAAGUAAGAAUAUAUAAAAAUAUAUGUAGUAAGAAAUCUGUACAAUUAGAAAGGUGAAUGGAAGAGAGGGAAUAAAGAGAGAAGUGGGAAAAAAAAAAAAAAAAAAAGAAAAAAUAUUGCAUGAUCCAGAACCAAGAAGAGCAAAACAUAUUUUUAUGUGUCAUAAAGGAAAAGAUGUAUUCUGCAAUCUGAGUAGUGAGUUAGACACAAUCUCAUAGAGUUCCCUAGAAGAGAAAACACAGUAGAGUUUUUAAUAACACUCUGUUUUUCCUCAUUCAUUCUGAUAAGCCCAGGAAAUAAGGCAAAAUUUUAUCUCUUUGGUACUAUGGCUAUAUAUUUUGUUUUCAAGGGGGUGCUGUUUUCAAUUUUACAAGAUCUUAAAAGAAAAAGUGUAUUUGUGCUUUUUACAUUAUUCAAAGUCUGUAUUUCACUAGUAUUUAACUGUCCUCUCAACACUGCACUCAGAAUGACUGUGCACAGUCUGGUUUUCCCAAAAUGCUGCUAAACAAAACAGGUAAUACCACAAGUUUGGGUUUGGACAAUCAAACCAAACCAAACUAAAAUAAAAUCUUUUAUCUGUGUUUUAUUCAAAUGUUUUCCAAUUCCUGAAUUGAACAUUUGGCCUAAAAGAUAGAAAAGAGAGAAGCCAAAAGGAAGUGUAGCUCUGAAAUGUGAGCACAGGAAGUUAACCAGUUCUGGCUAGUUUAUAUUUGUUUGUUUUUGCUAUGAACAAGUCACUUUAAAAAAAAAGGAAAAAAAAAAAAAAAACCUCUCCAUGCCUCAGUUUCUCCAGCUAUAAAAUGGAGAUAAUUCUUACCUACCUCAUUGGGGGGUUGUGGGGCCUUUUGGAUUGAGGUUUUAAAAGCAUUUUGAGAUGCUUGGGGACAAAGGCAUGACACAUUCCAAGUAUUAAUCUUUGAGACCAAUGAGAGGUGAGAGUGAAUUCUUCCUACUUUCCAAGUUAAAAAAAAUUAAAUUCCUAGUUAAAGUCACCUGGGAAAAGAGGCUUGUGUUUUAGAAGAUUUAGCGUUUAUUAUCAUUAUUAUUAUUAUUAUUAUUAUUAUUAUAUUUUUUCCUUCUGAUUUUUGGCUUGUUCUCCAGCUCUGAGGUCCAAUUAAAAUCCAAUUACUUCCUCCCAUAGAAAGAAUAAAAGAUGGCGGAAGUCAGCUUGUCACAUUUUGAGAUAAAGUGUGAGGUUGCUUCUUAGCCCAGUGGGGAGGAAGCAGUAUGCCAAAAGACAAUUUCAGGCAACACUUCAGUUCUACAAACUGAGUUAUUUGGAUUUAAGAUCCUUUAUUUUAUUUUAUUUUAUUUUAUUGGCGGGUGGUGUCAUUUAAACUAUUUUCUCUAAAAAGUGAGAGGUCAUGCUCCUUACAAACCACAACCUACCUUCUGAGUGCAAAAAACAAGGAGCUUAAAUGAACUACACACCAGCAGUCAACAAAGGGAAAUUGGAAUAAUUAGGAAUUACAUUAUUGGGCCUCUGUAAUCAGUUACCUGUCUGCAGAUAUCUAUCUCUAUAUUGAUAUAUAUAUGCACAUGUAUAUAAAUAUACCUGUACAUAUAUGUGUAUAUAUAUAUUUAAAUGUAAUAUUUACAAAUAAAACUGUGAUCUUGUCUAGAGAAAAUGUAUUCAUAUUACAAAUGGCUCUUCCAUCUUUAUGUAUCAUACUGUACCUUUUUAUUAUUGUUAUAAUUAUUAUGAUUAUUAUUAUUAUUUUGGAAUCUGUUUGGCACCUUCUGGAAACUAUGGCAAAUAACAUUUCAUAUCCCAAGUGCUAAAGAUCUGUUUUCAUGAACAUUCUACUGUAAAAUUAAAAAAAAAAAAAA